GAGAAUUCUGCCUAAAAUUAUCAUAUGAAAUGUUGAGGUGCCGAUACAAUUGAGCUAAAACCCACAUGCGCCGACCAAUCCAGCUCAGUCGAAUGAAGUGUUGCAAAGCGCGCUCUCCACCAGCCUAUCCGACCCAGAGCGACUAGGGCACCCCACUUCAGAAUCAUCAUGCCUACCUCCGGCCCCUAAAAGCUUGAAUCACCCCAGCACCGUCUUUGAUUCCCAACUAAACCUAUAGGCAACCGUCCCGGAUCAGAUAAUUCACCAUGACAACAACAAAACGAGCGGAGGUGGAGCCGCUCCCCAAAGCCCUCCUCCCCCUCUACCACCGCAUCUACUGCUUCCUCUGGCUCUGGGGCCUCAAACUCAUCGCGACCAUACACACCAUCUACAAGGACCUCAUCCACCCGCCCCCGCCCAGCACCCACCCAACCCUAACCCUGCACCUCCCAUCGCGCCCGACGCUGCAAACCCGCAUCUUCUACCCGCCCACCUACACGCCGGGCCAACCGACACUCCUCCCAACGUACAUCAACCUGCACGGCGGGGGCUUCGCCGUCCACACGGCGCGCUUCGACGACCCCUUCUGCGCCUCCUGGAGCAAGCGCACGGGCAUGCUCGUCCUCAGCCUGGACUACCGCAAGAUCCCGCUGCACCCGUUCCCGACGGCCAUCCACGACGUGGAGGCGCAGAUCCUCGACCUGCUGGCGGACCCCACCGCCCUGCCCAUCGACCCCGCCCGCGUGGUGAUCGGCGGCUUCAGCGCGGGCGCCAGCCUCGCGCUCGCCGUCGCGCAGCUCCCCUCCCUGCGGCGCUCCCUCCGCGCGGCCAUCUGCUACUACCCCAUCGUGGACUUCAGCCACUCCCCGCCGGACAAGAUGCACGCCCGCCCCUACCAGGACUACUGGCGCGAUCAUCUGGGCGACGCCGGCUGGUGGAUCGAUUGGGGCUAUGUCUGUCCCGGCCAGGAUCGGAGGGAUCCCCUCCUCAGUCCGUGGUAUGCGGCCGCCGAGGAUCUGCCGGAAAGGGUGUAUAUGGUUGCGGCGGAGUUUGAUCUGUUGAGGGUUGAGGCGCAGGAGAUGAUUCAUCGGUUGGCCGGGUUGGAGGGCAGGCGGGAUAAGGAGGAGGCAUUUGAGGUGGGUGGGUAUAAGUGGACUAUGGCCAGGGGAUGUAGGCAUGGGUUUACGCAUGGCAGUUCGAAGGGGAGGAGGUCGAGGAGGGAAAGGGUUAGGGAGGAGAUUUGGGAGGAGGCCAGGGGGUGGUUGGUUAGGGGUGGGAUUUUGGGGUAGGGUCAUGGGGCUGUUUGGGGGUUGGUUGAGCUGUGAUGGGGACGUGGUUUGCAUUUUGUUUGUAUAUAGAUUGGGGUGAAGAGUGGAUAUAGAUUUAGAGGGCUGGAUAUAGAGUUAUGAUAGAGCUGAAUGUAGACUGCUGGUAUGCUAUGUUCCUGACCAAAGAUGCAUUCCAGUGAUGCUUUGCCCUGUAAGUGUUGAGACAGACUACAUGGAUUCGUUUCGAUGUCAAUGCAUCUGGUUCUCAAUGUCAUGGACCCGAGAAGUUGUAGAGUAGUGCGAUGGUGAUUGACUCUGUCGCAGUGUGCCGAUGUCGGCCGGUGCUGAUCAGGGUUUUACUGGCCAGAGUGUGGCUGGUGCAGAGUCUGUCUCUUUUACAAAUGCGUCACGUGGUUUGUGGCUAAAUGGCUGUCGGCGAGUCAGUCAGUUGCACCAUGCGUAGGGGCUCA